AUGGUUCGCUAUUCACCUGACCCAGAAAACCCCACAAAACCAUGCAAGUCAAGAUGUUCAAAUCUUCAUGUUCACUUUAAGAACACUCGUGAAACUGCCCAGGCCAUUAAGGGUAUGCAUAUCCGAAAAGCCACCAAGUAUGUGAAGGAUGUCACUUCAAAGAAGCAAUGUGUGCCAUUCCGUCGUUACAAUGGUGGAGUUGGUAGGUGUGCCCAGGCCAAACAGUGGGGCUGGACGCAGGGUCGGUGGCCCAAAAAGAGUGCUGUAUUUUUACUGCACAUGCUCAAAAAUGCAGAGAGUAAUGCUGAACUUAAGGGCUUAGAUGUAGAUUCUCUGGUCAUUGAGCACAUCCAGGUGAACAAAGCCCCCAAGAUGCAGCACAGGACUUACAGAGAUCAUGGUUGGAUCAACCCAUACAUGAACUCUCUCUGCCACAUGGAGAUGAUCCUUACUGAAAAAUAA